CUCACAAUUCGGGGCAAUUUGGAGUGUUCAAUAAGCCUGCCAUGCAUGUUUUUGGAAUGUGGGAGGAAACCGGAGUACCCGGGGAAAACCCACGCAGGCACGGGGAGAACAUGCGAACUCCACACAGGGAGGCCGGAUCCGGGAUGGAACUCACGACCUCAGCACCUCGGACAGCGAAUGGGUUGCGAGAGGCCGGAACCAACGGACUGCCAAUGACUUCAUCGGCCAGGUUGCGACACCGACGGCGAGUCGUCGUCGGCGGAAACUGCAGCGGCGUUGGCAGCAUCCUCUCUGCAGCCAAUCGGAAGACGGCAUUUGCUUCCUCCAUCCAACCCCGAUCAGCGCCGACUCCCGCAUCCAAGCGCUGACUCUCUCUCUCUCUCGCUCUCUCUCGCUCUCUCUCAGGAUUGCAAGGGCAGACGCUGAUGUCUAUUUGGGGAAUUUGUAGAGGCCAUUUUCUGCUGUUUCUUUGUGUUUUACGCGUUUUUUUUCCAUUCCGAAUUUUCGUUUUGGUUUUUGCACUCCAAUGUGAGUAUCUGGGGGGAGAGAGAGAGAGAAAAAAGAACCCACAAAACGAAAUAAGCGAGCCCGUGUAGAUUUUCGGGUCUCAAUGGAGGACAUUUUCCAACUGGCAUCCCAGCACACCUCGUUCUUUCUGUUUCGAGCAUUUGUAUUCCCUUGAGCACAACGCGAAUUUUUUUUCUAGGAGAGAUGAAAUGAAGGGGAACCAGUAGCCCGCGGGGAAUAAAAAUCGGUCCUGUUUGAGCUGGGGGGGUUUUCACGGACCGGAUCACGGCGACUUGCGUGAAAACCGAGGAGGAGGUCUGGGAUUUCGGCACGGCGGUCACGAGGCUCCAUGGACGCCGCGAGAGGAGUCCAUUAAGCAUCAGAUCGGCCAAGGUGAGACACUUUGGCCCUUUUCCAAACAAAGGGGUUUCUCCUCAGCGCUCCGCACCGCCGCCGCCCCUCGCCAGGCGCCAUGGGCACCGUGCUCUCGCUCUCCCCCAGCUACCGCAAGGCGGCCCUGUUCGAGGACGGCCCGGCCGCCGUGGGUCACUACACGGCGGUCCAGAACAGCAAGAACGCCAAGGACGCCGCGGCGGCCGCCGCCAAAUCCCUCAAACGCCCCUCCAUCAUCAGCGUGCUGCCAUGGAAACGAAUCGUGGCCGUCUCGGCCAAGAGGAAGGGUUCCAAGAAGCUGCAGUCGGACGGCGGCGGCGACGGCGGGAAAGGAUGCUCGCCGGACGCCGAUGAUGUCGUCGCCUCUAAUUCGGCUUCCCACAGCUUGAAGCUGAAGAAGUCUCAGUCCUGUGCAAAUCUGUCCUCGUACUCUUCCGGCCGGGAUCCCUCAGCCGCCGCCUUGACUACCUCCUCCCACCUCCCGGCCUCCAAGACCCUCAUUAACGUAGCCACGGUCGCCGCCAAAAAGAAUUCCCUGACCGGCUCCGGGAUCCAGCCCUCGACCGCAGUCGGUACGCCGAAGCGCGUCAUCGUUCAGGCCUCCACCAGCGAGCUGAUGCGCAGCCUGGGAGAAUUCCUGUGCCGGCGCUGUUACCGUUUAAAGCGUCUGUCGCCGACCGAUCCCGUGCUGUGGCUGCGCAGCGUGGAUCGCUCCCUCCUCCUUCAGGGUUGGCAGGAUCAGGGCUUCAUCACUCCGGCCAACGUGGUCUUCCUCUACAUGCUGUGCCGCGACGUGGUCUCGGCCGAGGUGGCGUCCGAGCGCGAGCUGCAGGCCUCGCUGCUCACGUGCCUCUACCUGUCCUACUCCUACAUGGGCAACGAGAUCUCCUACCCGUUGAAGCCCUUCCUGGUCGAGGCCGAGAAGGAGGCCUUCUGGGACCGCUGCCUGGAGAUCAUCGACCGCAUGAGCGGCAAGAUGCUCCAGAUCAACACCGACCCCCACUUCUUCACCCAGGUGUUUGCCGACCUGAAGAAUGAGAGCAAGAAAGAAGAGGAGAAGACCAAACUCUUUAUAGGUCUCGACCGAUAAAAGAUGGAGGUGGGAACUGCGGGCCUUGGUAUGAUGAGGACAGGCGGAAUGCUGCCUGAAGCUACUUUGAAACAACGGCGUUGUCUGGCGUCUCUAAUGUUUUUAUGGCACGGUGCACCGCUCGGUUAUUAACUCAUUCGCUACCAGCCAAUUCUGGACCAAGUCUGGAAAAGACGUCUAAACACGUCUUUGGGAGCGAAUGAGUUGAGAACAAGGAGGCACCAAAAACAAAACAAAAAUCUUUCCUUGUGGGCCAAACCGGUGAUGCAUGACCUGACAUCUUUGUUCAUAUCCAAUUUCGACAUCAUUUUAGCCCAAAAUACACAAUUAUAUAUAU